UGUAAAGGUGUGGCGGCGACGAGUGCCCGAUGCAGACGGGUCCUCAAAUGAAGUACAUUUUAAACCUUUCUGACCCGGGUUGAAGUGAAAAAUCGUUCAUCGGCGUUUAGGAUGGAGGGACACGAGCAAUCUACCCAGCCAGUAGCUUCGAAUUCUCGCAAACAACAUGAGGCCAACCGUGACAGUGAAAAUGGCCGCCCAACCAAAGUCCUCAGGCUGGUUAUCGCAGUGGUCGACCACACUACAGCGUAUGUGGUGCCCGUAACCACCAGAGAACCACAAGACCAGUGGAGGCGCCGAUUUUCAGUGUACCUGGGGCAAGGAAGAUGGGCACUGACGUACAAGCCGCAGCCCUGUAACUUGGCGGAGUUGGAAGGGAACGACGAUAUCCUGACAAGAGAACAUCUAGACCCUGCAACUGCGCUUGCGGUGGAACAAACAGUGUUCAGCCUGAUUGUGGACAACAGUGGUCAGCAUAUCAACACAAGAAUUAGGGCUCAGAAGAAAUAUGAUACUAUAGACGGGAAUGUUGCUAUCGUCCCGUCUCGGCGUGAGAUCAACCGGUACCUCGACCCUCUUGUCCUCAUCAAGAAAGAGCACCCCAUGCUGCUCAGACCAAUGCACAAGGGUCAUCUGAUAGCCGACAGCAGUCACAGAGGAGCAAGACUUGAUCCAGGGGAGAGGUUUCUAGUAGCCAAGGUGCUGGAGAGGUUUCUGCAACCCAUCCCUUCCGCAACGUUGCAACCCACCCCUGUUCGUCCUGGGUACAUACGGCAACUACUGGAGCAUCUGUCACAUAACAUAGCUACGGGCUGUCAUGAACACUUCGCGGCUUACGACUCCCCCGCCAUGGCUGAAACCAUGCUGCUCAUCUACUACAGGCGCAGGCGCCGCGGGUGUAACGGGGCCUGCCUUCCGUGUGACACGGUGGAAGCCAUGAUCACACACGUGCUGGAUGUGUGCAACGACGACAACUGCCCACAAAGGCUCUUCCUUGUCACAGCGUUUGCCAAGCACGUUCGGGAGGCGGGCUGUGGAGCGGACCCUCAGGAGUGUUCCAUCCCAUUCUGCGGGCAGGUCAACUUCCUGGUGCGGCCUGGAGACGACGUGGCGCCGACCCUGUGGCUCAUCAGGAUGGUGGUGGAGAAGAUAAGACAGUACAGAAGCGUUUGGAACUGUCAGUCUAAUCUCCAAGCAUGCAGAUCCUACGGUGGCUCGCAGCAGCAUCCAUUGGCCCUAGGAGUGACCACUCCUUGGACCAAUGGAUACUGCUCUCUGCCUCCGUAGUAAUCUCCAAGCAGAUGCUUUGGUGGCUACAAAAACAGUAUCAAAUUGGCCAGGCGGUAUAAAU